GUCUCAACUACCAGACAGGGAAUUCAGCCAUCCUCACAUAUAUAUUCAUCACCAUAAUGCAGACCGACUCGAAAGUAGGCAAAACCUUCAUAAAAACCAAAAAAAAAAAAAGAAUCAAUGGCAUAUCCAGGAUUUCAACUUUGGAGGUACGAACGCAUAUAACACCACAAUUGUCCUACAAAUACUUGCCGCAUCCAGAAUGAUGAUUCGGCAUCUCCUCCUGCAUCCAGAAAUUUUAGCAUUUCAACACCAAUGGGCAACAGAAGAUAUCCGUGAAACGUUCUACAAGUGUACAAGGUGGCAACUAGAAGAGACCAUGGAUCCCAUUAACUGCCCUUAUCACUACUUCUGUGACAGCACCUUCCAAGGUAAUUAUCCGCUUGCUGCGGAUAUUUCGGUAAUCUGCCUUACAACGGUGUCGUAUCUAGCAACCCUAAUCUCAAUCAUAACGGAGAUAUAUGGGGCCACCAAGCGACCUCGUCUUGCUCAACUAAGUAGAAGAUACUUGCUACCAUCUGGUCCAAUUUCUCUCCCGAUACUCCUCUUGGCCCUUGCCAAGGGACAAAGGAUCAAUACACUGAUUUCAAUCUCGUGUGUGGGUACCUCUAUGCUCCAACUGAUUCAGCUCUCUGCUCUUGUUUUCGACAACGCAGCUGAGAAAAAUGACAUCAAAUAUGCAUUCUACAUUGUCUCAACAGUCUCUGGAAUUUUGCAUGCAAGCCUAUACCUAGAUUCCACCAUAUUGCCUUACUAUACAGGUUUUGAUGCCCUAGUCUCGUCAACUUUUUCUGGUGAGUGUAAAUCUUGCGUUUGUCGGAGAGAGAUUCUGGUUGUCGGAGGGAAGGUUUUGUCUUACCAGGGGUGGUCCCUAACUACGUUUAUAGUUGUAGGUACUCUUUGUGUAAGGAUAAUUUGCAGACUGUAUAAAGAUUACAAGGGGAAAGCAAAAGUAAUCAAGACCCUGUUGGAAAACUCAGGUUGGAUGUUGAUUGCUAUGGAUUGUGUCUAUCUAAUAGCUAAUUCUCCUCCUGAAAGAUCCAUCUCACGUGUUGCAGCUUCAUCAGGUGUAAGAAGGAGAUAUUGAAUGUUGAUCAUCUGUCUUGAGUGCUCAGUCACAAAACAGGAUAUGGACAUGUUUACGGAAGCUGUCUAUUCAAUGACGGGAUUUGAUUUUUACUCAGGCAGCCACAAACCUAACAGGGAACAUUCUGCAUAAUUAUUUGUAGGUUGAUGCUGGUUGCCUAUGUCUAUACAAAUUAAAGGACACAAAAGCUAGAGUUUUUCAAGCUAAAAGCUACAAGUACAUAAAUUCUAUGAUCCAGGACAUAUUGGAUGGUUAAAAGAUCAUGUUAAUUCAUAAACACAAAAAUGGCCUCAGACG